AAGCCGACGGCAUUUUUUUUAAGGACGUUAGGUAUAAUUUAUAUGAGGGAAAAGAAAAGAAAAAGACGAUGAAAAGUAGGUACCAAUCUAAACGAGUUUUUUCCAAGUUGAUUCACCCUCCCCAAAAUAUUGCAGCUUCCUUCUCCAUCUUGAGAACUAAAGGAAAGGGUGGCAAAGGUUGCUGCUGAUUGGAGCACUCCCCAGCUGAAGACGAAGGAAGAAGUGAGCGUGCUUGAAAAAUUGUAUUCUCUAAUUGGACAUAAAAUGCGGGGAGGCGGGUCUUGCUGCCUGCUCUCUUCGGGUGAAGGUGAACUGUAGGAUGUGUUUAUGCAAGCUCGCCUGGCAGUUGCUCGGGUUCGACUCGAGGCCAGUUGUGUAACAGCUGGCGGCGCUGAUUUGGAGUUACGAGGCGGUAGUGUUCCUUUAAGGUUUCUAAGAACUUCGUCUGUUAGAGCAACGAAGAAGAAAAUGCAGUUGCUUCAUCUUAAGGAGUUAUAAUUUCAAAUUUAUGUCCCAGGAGAGAAGGGAUCAGAGUUCCAGGGCUAACUUGAGAUGAAUAUGAUGAAGUAGAAUUAGACAGACUUAAAGGAAGUAAACAUCUUUGGUUCCUGUAAUUUACCUAAUCAUUAUAUGAGGACUGUACUAAUUCUGUGCAACAUUUGCACCAAGAAGAUAUUCAUCACAUCUAUUCUCCUUGAUUGCAUAAACAAUUGAUGUAACCAUGGUACUUAUACUGGGGCGCAGAUUGAACAGAGGGGAUAGUCGGGUCCAAGAAUCCCCAGUCACCAAGCGUAAAGUUUUUGAAAUGGACCCAAAGUCUUUAUCAGGCCAUGAGUUCUUUGACUUUUCUUCUGGAUCAUCCCAUGCUGAAAGUAUACUUCAGAUCUUCAAUGAAUUUCGUGACAGUCGCUUGUUCACAGAUGUAAUAAUCUGUGUUGAAGGCAGAGAAUUUCCCUGUCAUCGUGCUGUUCUUUCAGCUUGCAGCAGCUACUUCAGAGCUAUGUUUUGCAAUGAUCACAGAGAAAGUCGGGAGAUGUUGGUAGAAAUUAAUGGAAUUUUUGCUGAAGCCAUGGAUUGUUUUUUACAAUAUGUAUAUACAGGCAAGGUAAAAAUCACCACAGAUAAUGUGCAGUACCUGUUUGAAACAUCAAGUCUGUUUCAGAUAAGUGUUUUGCGUGAUGCAUGUGCUAAGUUCCUAGAAGAGCAGUUAGAUCCUUGUAAUUGUCUAGGAAUUCAACGUUUUGCUGAUACACAUUCUCUGAAAACACUCUUUACAAAAUGCAAAAAUUUUGCACUGCAAAAUUUUGAGGAUGUGGCCCAGCAUGAAGAAUUUCUUGAACUUGGAAAAGAUGAACUUAUUGAUUACAUUUGCAGUGAUGAACUAGUUAUAAGCAAAGAGGAGAUGGCGUUUGAAGCAGUUAUGCAUUGGGUAUACCGGGCUGUGGAAUCCAGGCGCUCAGUUCUACAAGAAAUUCUCACACAUGUGAGACUGCCUUUGUUACAUCCUAACUACUUUGUUCAGACAGUGGAAGUAGAUCAGUUGAUCCAAAAUUCACCUGAAUGUUACCAAUUGUUGCAUGAAGCAAGAAGAUACCAUGUCCUUGGAAAUGAAAUGAUGUCUCCAAGAACUAGACCACGAAGAUCAACUGGCUACUCUGAAGUUAUAGUUGUUGUUGGAGGUUGUGAGCGUGUUGGGGGAUUUAAUUUGCCAUAUACAGAAUGUUAUGACCCAAUGACAGGAGAGUGGAAAUCCCUGGCAAAAUUACCAGAAUUUACAAAAUCUGAGUAUGCAGUUUGUGCUUUGAGGAAUGACAUCCUUGUUUCAGGUGGAAGAAUCAACAGCCGUGAUGUAUGGAUUUAUAAUUCUCAACUUAACAUUUGGAUCAGAGUUGCUUCUCUAAAUAAAGGGAGAUGGCGCCAUAAAAUGGCUGUCCUCCUUGGUAAGGUGUAUGUGGUUGGAGGAUAUGAUGGGCAAAAUCGGCUGAGUAGUGUGGAGUGUUAUGACUCUUUUUCCAAUCGAUGGACAGAGGUAGCUUCACUUAAAGAAGCUGUCAGUUCUCCAGCAGUUACCAGUUGUGUGGGCAAACUGUUUGUGAUUGGUGGAGGUCCAGAUGAUAACACAUGCUCUGAUAAGGUUCAGUCAUAUGAUCCUGAUACUAAUUCUUGGCUCCUCCGUGCAACAAUUCCCAUUGCGAAGAGAUGUAUUACAGCUGUAUCAUUAAACAAUCUCAUUUAUGUUGCUGGAGGACUCACAAAAGUGAUAUAUUGCUAUGAUCCAGUUGAAGAUUAUUGGAUGCAUGUGCAGAACACGUUUAGCAGACAGGAAAACUGUGGCAUGUCUGUCUGUAAUGGAAAAAUCUAUAUCCUUGGUGGGAGAAGAGAAAAUGGAGAAGCCACAGAUACUAUUCUUUGUUAUGACCCUGCAACAAGCAUCAUUACAGGAGUAGCUGCCAUGCCCAGACCAGUAUCAUACCAUGGCUGUGUGACUAUUCACAGAUACAACGAUAAGAAGAAUUUUUGAGUAAGAAAUUAGGCUCAUAUUAUUGCCAGGAUUUUUAGGAUUCAUUUUAAGAACAGGAAAGCAGCCUUUUCCAAAGUGUCAUAUGGAAAGAAACACUGUUGUGUUUAAAGUCUGAAAUGUAAUCAGACUUGAUUGUUAAAUAUUUCCCAUAGUUACGAUUUUUAACUUCUUCUGAAAUCAUUUACAGUUGAUGUUAUUAAAUAGAUCAUACUCAUGUCCAUAUUGUAUUUUUUCAAGUUUAUUUCAAAUAGUUUCACCUGUAUUUUUCAUAUUUUAAUGUGACAAGUACUGUGAUAAGUCAAUGUGAAAAACUGAGUUUAUAUAUGUGUAAAUGGUUUAAGUAAUAUUUGCCUUUUAUUUUCUUUCAUUAAUUGAAUUUAUAGAGCCACUGUUAGAAUAAUGUUUAAAAUAUAUGAAAAUAAUAUAAGUCUAUGUUGUCUUGUAUCAUCAUGAAAGAUUUUUCAUCAGAAAGCAUAUUAAAAAUAUUUAGGUCCAUCUGUAUGUAGAAUCACUCAGUUAAAGGGGAGUUUCAUUUUUGUUAGUAUGUGAUUACUUUUCAUUUUACUUCUAAAUGAGACCUUAAAACAUCUUAGUUACUUACUUAGUUAUUUGCUUAGUUAGUUUUUAAAUCUUCAGAAUUUCCAUUUGAAAUACAUCAUAGCUGUCCAUCAGAAGCCCAAAGAAGCAAUAAUUAGAAUUAAACUCUGCCACUCACUAUGUUGGGCUUCAGUAUUGUUCCCAAAUUGUUAAAUAACAACUUUAGAUUUCAAAAAAUUCAAUAAUAAGGAGCUUUUGCUUAAGAUACAGUAAAACCAAUGAACAAGCAGUUGAUUAAUCAUUAUCUUCUAUUAAAGAAUGAAAGCAUCUGCCAUGUAGCUGUUAUUAAUAUUUUUCCAGGUAGCAUCUCUCUGUGACAUGGAUCAUUUUCUGAAUUGCUUUUUUUUCUGUAGCAUACCCUGUACAACUUGAAAAAAAUUGGCAUAUUUUAGUCUAGAAAAUGCAUAUUAAAACAUGGUUUCUAGAUGUGAAAAUGAUAAGUAUACAUGUCGCCAGCACUUUUGUGUUGCAUAUUACUGUGAUCAGUAGUUGUAUGAUAGUACAAGAACAUAUUUUACAAGGAAAAUUCAUUAUGCUAUUUUGUACAUCAUUGUUUCCUUCUUGAAUAUUUUCCACAUAAUUAUUACACUGCUGUGAAUAUUACGAAUUUUCCUUGGACAUUCUCGCAUAGGUAAGUUAUGUAUAUUCUUUUUCCAUGCUCCAUUUUUACAUCUGUUGUUCAUGUUCAUACAGUUGUUUAACUAGACUAUAAGCCUUAGUCUCCCACAUUUAACCUUAUCAGAAACUGAGUGAAGCAAGUUUCCCUUAAAAAUAUGCCUGAUUAAAGAGUUUUAGUGGAUUUUCAAGCAGUUAUGUACUAUGUGACGUUUCUGGUACUUGGAAUUCAUCAAACUUUUGUUUUAACGAGGAUAUGGCUCAAAAUCAAUUAUUUACUAAGUGCUUUCUUUUCUAUUUGUGUGUUUGCAGUAGGUACCUUUAAAUAUUUUUAGCAUUGACUAUACAGUACUUCUAUUAUUGGAAGCAUUUGUGCUGAUGUGCAAUAGAUUAUACAUGUAAUUUUUCAGUAAUAUAUGAAUUAACAGUUAAAUGAGUUUGGUUUCUGUGACUAGAGCAAUCCAGUUAAGUCGUUUUGCUCCAGCAGUGAAACAAAAAUAGAUUUUUAUUGAAAUCAAAGGGGUUGUUUCCCCUCUUGAUUUCAUUGGGAAGCUAUUCUGUUAGUGAAAAGAAAUGCACUCCAUUUCACCAAUAACAUAAAAAUACAUUAAGGGAGAGCUAGGCAACCUGUUGCCUUUGAAUCUCCUUUUGCAGCCCACAAAACUGUGGCCACUGUUUCUGAAAACUGACAAUAAUUUUUCCUGCCAUUUCAAGAGCAAUAGCAAACAAAAACUAUCGAGUUUUCUAUAGCAAGUCCUGUCAAAGUUAAAAAUUGGGAACUCCAUGAAUUCCCUUAAAAACAUCCUCUUGUCCACAUAUGUCCUGUUUUGUAAUCUUUAUUCCUUUAUCCUACAAAAUCCAUUUUAGUGUGUCCCUUGACCAUCACAUUCACUACUUUUGCAUGAAAUAUAUCACUUGGCAGGAGAUUUUUGUUAAAAUUUUUGUUAAAAUCCUAUUUUGAAUGUACAAAGUACACAAAUGGCUGAACCAACUGGACUUAACCAAUUGGACUUAACAGUAUCUUUUUUUCUUGGCAACUAUUUUGGAAAAGUUCCAUUUAAAAACAAGGUAUACCUAGAUACGGUAUGGUAAUGGUAUGUAUACCUCUACUUGGUAUGUUUGCUUGCUUAUUUUCAGCUAUAGUGAUGAUAUUUUUUUUCCUUAAAACCUCCUUGCAACUACUGUUGGGUCGUAUUUGAUCAUAAUUAACUUCAGGAAAUUCCUGUUUAUAGUUCUGAAUGAACCAAGUUGCAAAUAUCUGUUUGAAAAUGUCAAUGCAUGUCACUUGUUUAUACAGCUUGAUAGAUUGUGCCAAAUAAAUCUUGCUUGCCAUCUAUAGGAAAUUUGCCCUAUUUUACAUUUUGGUUAUUUCUAUUUUAAUUUUGCAUGCUUACUGUUAUACUUAAAUCCACUCAAUCCAAUUCGAAGGGGCAUAGCAGGGGGAAAAAAAUUACCUUAUAGAUAUUUACAUAUUUCAGUAAGAAUCAUUACAGGUAUAUAAUCUAUAGUUUACUUGGUUUUAUUGUAAUAUGCUGGAUUUUUUUCCUAUAACUACAGUCACUGGCAUACAUUUUGAUGCUAACAGUUGCCCAUUGUUUGAUUACAGUUGUCAGCACCUUAGACUUGUAUCUACAAGGCCCAUAUAUAGCUGUACUUUUGUAGCACAGCAUUUAUAAGGCCAUUCUCUUAAAAACUCAGUAGCUCAAGGGAAACACCUUUUCAUAACCUUAAAGCAUCCUUUUGCAAGUCAUUGUUUCAAAAGCCAUUUCCAUUUGUGUAUACUUUGUUUUGUUAGUAAGUCCCAGUUGAAGUAUCUGGGUAUGUAACAUGCACACUCAAGGCAGCUGGGAUGCGAUGUGCAAUCUCUCUGGAAGACAUAGACGACUGAAUGCUUUGAAAGGGCCUAAUCCAUGCAGACCAAUGAUUUAUUAUGCAUUUGUCCCAAAUGCUUUGCAAAAUCUUGCCAUGUUACUUCAUCAGAGUUGUGGAAUCUGUAUUCUUAAUCAGACAUCCUGCUAACUUAUCUCAUUUUUUGAAAAAGAAAGCAUUUUCCUUUGGCCUUUUCAUUCCUUUAUAUAAUUCUACCAUGUGUAAAAAGUGAACAAUGUAAUAAAAAAGUAGAAUAUGAUAAAGUAAUCUCUCAAUAAAUUUAUGCCUGAUGUUAUAUUUAAAAAGUCUAUGCAACUAUUCUGGGGGGGGGGAGCAGAUGACUUUUAUUAAAAUAUACCUAGAAUUAUUUUCACAAAGUUCCAAUUUUUGUAAAUAGGAACCAUUGUUAAUGUCUAAUGUAUACUAAGUUUUUGUAGGUUGAAUAAUUGCAAACCAGCAACUAAUCUUGAUCUUGCAGUUUUUGUGUGCUUUCUAUUGUAAAUAAAAAUGUUUUGUUACUAUUUCUAAGAUGCAUAUUUAAUAUGUAUUUAAAACUGUACUAUUCUGUAAUACUCUGCACUUGGCCUUUUAUAGUUGUGGAACAGCAACCUGCUUGUGAUUCUGACAGGCUUUUUUUCUGUUUACAUUAAAAUUGAAACAAAUGGUUGUAUCAAAUGCAGAGAAUGAAUGUACACAGUAGUAAUUCAAUAGAUAACAAGUGUGCAUGUUUAAUAUAUAUUUCAGGAUGUCCAGGCAAUGUAUAUGCCUCACAAAACAUAUGAGGUGCACAAAUGAUUUAUUUUUACUUAUUUCCACAUUUGGUAUUAAGAAUCUGCUGCUAAUUGCAGUUUUCCUGUGUGAAAAAAAAAAAAUACUCACUGUAGAAAUCGACCUUCUAUCCUUCACAGAUUGCUUGAUCUUUGUUAAUGAAAAUCUUUCAUUUGUGAAGGAUUCCAAAAUGGUUGGAAUCCAGGCAGCAGCAUGCUAAUACUAAACAAAACAAUUUGCAUGUGAAAUUUUAAAACAGUGGUUCUCAACCUGUGGAUCGGGACCCCAUUUGGGGUCGAACGACCAUUUCAUGGGGGUCGCCAACCCACGUUGUCUGCCAUUUUUUCCCUUUUCCCUAGCUGUCCUACUCCCUCUUAUUGGUGGGCACACCCACUUGGGGGUCACCACAACAUGGGGAACUGUAUUAUGGGGUCACGGCAUUAGAAAGGUUGAGAACCACGGUUUUAAAAGUAGCUGAAUAUUUACUCAGAAAAUGUAUUGGUCACUGAAUUAUGUGGCUGAAGUUAUUUGGUUCUUAUGCAAUCCUGGAAAUACUUUUAAUUACACUGCUACCUAGUUCUUAAAAGAUUGCACCUAUAUGAGUAUGUUCCUGAAAAUUUAGCACAGGGCUGAACAACAUACAUGUCUCAUGUGACACUUCAACAUCCCAUUUUCAAAAGCCCAACAAAUCUGACUGUUG